CCACAGAGUAUACCAUACCAAGAGUUAAAGCAGAUCACUGAUAACUUCUCUGACGACCGGAUAAUUGGCCAUGGUGGUUUUGGUGUGGUAUAUAAGGGAGUGAUGCCAAAUGGGGAAAUCAUCGCUGUCAAAAAGAACGUGUCAUCAUUUAUGCCAGGCCUGCAGAAGCAAUUCGAGAGCGAGGUCUGUCAUCUUAUGAUGCUUCAGCACCCCAAUAUAGUGCGAUGCGUAGGCUACUGCUAUGAUUUACGGCGUGCAUGUUUGCCGUACCAUGGAAAAUACGUUUUUGCAGAGACUGCUGAAAGGUUACUUUGCUUGGAAUAUAUGCCAAAGGGAAGCCUUGAUGAGUAUCUAUCAGAUAAAUCUACUAGACAUGAUUGGGGAACACGUUACAGUAUAAUCAAGGGAAUUUGCUAUGGGUUAUGCCAGCUUCAUGAAGAAAUUGAUAAGCCUAUUAUUCACCUUGAUUUGAAACCUGCAAACAUAUUGCUCGAUGACGUCAUGACACCAAAAAUCACAGACUUCGGUCUGUCAAGACUACUUGACCAACAAGAAACUAUUUGCACAUCAUCACGCCAUGGAACAUUUGGUUACAUGGCACCAGAAUUUUUACAUGGAGGUACAAUUACACCAAAGUCAGACAUAUUCAGUUUGGGUGUAAUAAUCUUGGAGGUAAUAACAGGACGUAGGGACUACCCAGACGUUACGACAACACCUCCAGAUGACUUUAUCGACUUUACACUUAACGAAUGGAGAAAUGUGUUGCAGAGAUUUCCUGGGCAUGUAUCCCUACAAACAGAUUGUGAACAAAUAAAGAGAUGCAUCCAGGUAGGUAUGAUAUGUGUGAAUCCUGACCGCACCAAGAGGCCUCACAUAAAAAGGGUCAUCAGGAUGCUCCAAGGAUCAGAGAGUAUCGACUACACCAUUAGCAUCAAGGCAAUGUAA